UCUCCAUACAAUUCAAACCAAAUCCCAUACUUUCAAAAUCUAUUUCUUCUUUAUCUCUCCUAACACUCUCUAGCAAUACACUUCAGUAAUACUAUUUGAUAAAUAUAUAAAGAUUCUUACUUUUCUGUACUACAAAUGGAGAGUUUCUGCAAGAGUAAGCCAGCACCCAUCGUCUCUAAUGACCCACUCAACUGGGGUGCUGCAGCAGAGUCCAUGACUGGCAGUCACUUGGACGAAGUCAAGAGAAUGGUGGCGGAGUACCGGAAACCAAUCGUCCGUCUUGGUGGUGAGACUCUCACUAUUGCGCAAGUGGCUGCCAUUGCUGCCGGCGGUGACGUCGACGGCGUUAAGGUAGAACUUUCUGAGUCGUCGAGGGCUGGAGUUAAGGCUAGUAGUGAUUGGGUUAUGGAGAGUAUGAACAAAGGCACAGACAGCUAUGGUGUAACCACUGGCUUCGGUGCCACCUCACACAGGAGAACCAAACAAGGCGGUGCCCUUCAGAAGGAGCUAAUCAGAUUCUUGAAUGCUGGAAUAUUUGGAAACGGAACAGAGUCAUGCCAUACUCUUUCUCGCUCAUCUGCAAGAGCAGGUUUGCUUGUUAGGAUUAACACUCUUCUUCAAGGGUACUCUGGCAUUAGAUUUGAGAUCUUAGAAGCCAUGGCCAAGCUUCUCAACAACAAUGUUACGCCAUGCUUGCCAUUGCGUGGAACAAUCACAGCAUCUGGUGACCUUGUGCCUCUGUCGUACAUUGCCGGUUUGCUCACUGGCAGACCUAAUUCCAAGGCAGUCGGACCCAACGGUGAGCUCCUUACCGCAGAGGAAGCUUUCAAAGUAGCUGGAAUCGAUUCUGACUUCUUUGAGUUACAGCCAAAAGAAGGGCUUGCUCUUGUUAACGGUACUGCUGUUGGUUCAGCUGUGGCCUCUACUGUUCUUUUUGAGACCAACAUUCUUGUUGUAUUGGCCGAAGUCUUGUCGGCAAUAUUUGCAGAAGUAAUGAAUGGUAAGCCUGAGUUCACUGAUCACUUGACUCACAAGUUGAAGCACCACCCAGGUCAAAUUGAAGCUGCAGCCAUUAUGGAACAUAUUUUGGAUGGCAGCUCUUAUAUUAAAGAUGCUCAGAAACUUCACGAGAUGGAUCCUCUUCAAAAGCCAAAACAGGAUCGCUACGCACUUAGAACUUCACCCCAAUGGCUUGGACCAAUGAUAGAAGUGAUUAGAUUCUCAACCAAGUCAAUUGAAAGAGAAAUUAACUCAGUGAACGACAACCCUUUGAUUGACGUUUCGAGGAACAAGGCUAUUCAUGGUGGCAACUUCCAAGGGACACCAAUUGGAGUUUCCAUGGACAAUACCCGCUUGGCUGUUGCUGCAAUUGGUAAGCUCAUGUUUGCCCAAUUUUCUGAGCUUGUGAAUGACUUUUACAACAAUGGUCUCCCUUCAAAUCUAUCUGGUGGCCGCAAUCCAAGUUUGGAUUAUGGUUUUAAAGGAGCUGAAAUUGCCAUGGCCUCCUAUUGUUCUGAGCUCCAAUAUCUUGCUAAUCCAGUGACUAGCCAUGUUCAGAGUGCAGAACAACAUAAUCAAGAUGUGAACUCUCUAGGAUUGAUAUCUUCAAGAAAAACUGCAGAGGCUAUUGAUAUUCUCAAGCUCAUGUCUACAACAUUUUUGGUAGCUCUUUGCCAGGCCAUCGACUUGAGACAUUUAGAAGAAAAUUUAAGGCACACAGUUAAGAAAACUGUGAGUCAAGUUGCUAAAAGAGUGUUGACAACUAGCGCAAGUGGCGAGCUCCACCCAUCAAGAUUUUGCGAGAAGGAGCUGCUAAAAGUUGUAGAUAGGGAAUAUAUCUUCACAUACAUUGAUGAUCCUUGCAGUGCUACUUAUCCAUUGAUGCAAAAACUAAGACAAGUACUAGUAGAACAAGCUUUGGGUAAUGGUGAAAGUGAGAAAAAUCCAAACACUUCAAUCUUCCAAAAGAUUGGAGAUUUUGAGGAUGAAUUAAAAAUCUUUUUGCCUAAAGAGAUUGAGAGUGCGAGGAUUGUUAUCGAAAGUGGGAAUGCACAUAUAUCAAACAAGAUUAAAGAGUGCAGGUCUUAUCCGUUGUACAAGUUUGUGAGAGAUGAUUUGGAGACUGGGUUGCUUACUGGAGAGCAUGUUAGAUCACCUGGAGAAGAGUUUGACAAGGUAUUCACUGCAAUGUGUCAAGGAAAAAUCAUCGAUCCAAUGCUUGAAUGUCUCAGUAACUGGAAUGGUGCCCCUCUUCCAAUCUGUUAGUUGUCUUAAUAAUUUUUUUUUCUCUUUUUGCAUUUUAGUGUCACUUAUCCUUUAAGUCUUUGUUGUAAAAUUAUUCUUUGUAAGAUGUGAUGCAACUUUGUAUUCUUACUUUUAUGGUAUUUAAAUAAAACACUAUUUUUGAAUACCAA